UAUUCCUUGGACCACCUCAUGAACCACGACAGGAUCCGCCUAUGAUUCUCACCGGUACCUGAACGAGCGGGGAAAUGCCUCUAUGGAAGUAGAACGGAACUUUGGGAACUUUGUUUCGGCGACCACGCGGCUGUAUGCGUCUUUUCUGCAACAUCCUUAAGCCAUGAAAGCCAUCAACGCCAUGAACGCCAAAGACGCCACCAUCGAUGCGGCCCAGCUCUCUCCAACGACAUCGGUCACCAACUACCGUGUCGGUAGCGAUGGCUUCUUUCUUAUUGUCAAUGUCUCGACUAUGCGACAAUGAUAAUGUCCGUACGCAGAUAUGAAUAGCAGCAUACCGGACCGGUGCCUGAACCUGCAUUGGAGUGCGACGGGUCCACAGGGUGGCACAUAGCCAUUGCCAUGUGCCGUUGAAGCAACAAGUACAACCUCUUGGCUGCCUUGCCACACAUGAUAGCUUCAUCAACCCGUCGACGCGGUGUCUAGUUCGAUAACAUCGGGCGAAGUACGGAGUACAGCUGGCUACGAGGCAGUUCUCUCAAAGGAUCGACCCCUCCGCCUGAUUCCUCGUCUGGCGAGAUGCACCCCCGUGCCCAAUUCUGGCCCAAGUGCUCUGCCAUGAACUGUCGAACAGCACCCAGACAUAGACCAUCCACGACCCACGCUAUCAAGACAGUCCUAGGCCUUGAUACCACGUCUUGGCAUGCACAACGGCCGGGUUGUGGAGGACAUCUCAAGGCGGUAGGUGUCCAACGAACGGCGCACCCGUACCGCACGCCAUUCGCACUAUUGGACCCCGCCUGGCCUGCAUCCUCUGCGCCGUGCCAUCCACUGCAUCCCAACGAGGAAGCUCAUCCAAGUCUUGGCGGCUCUCCGAAUGAACAACCUCCAUUGACCGGCAUCAACGUCCAAGACUGCGACUCGCCCGUCUGGACCCUUGCGAAAUUACACUCUCGUUGUUUGCCCCAGAUAGCACGGCCCGCGCCUCAUGGGUCGCGCCAUUCGACCGCCGGGCGAGCAUGCCUAUUCUCUCUCCCUGUCACUCUAUGCUACGGCUUCCACAUCCCCCAGUCUUUGGACCUUGCAGCAAAACACUCGAUGCUCAACGCGACUCUGCACCUCGCCAUGCAACUAAGCAUGCGCACACAAGACAGAUGCAGCUAGCUGCGUACAACUUGGUAGCUCUGGCCAAUGAGCAUGCCUAUGAAUCCCGGAUAUCACGUCUUCAACAGGGGAUAUGAGCAAGGUAGCUUCAUCUUCCUCGUGCUACCUCUCAUAACGUCUCUUGCUAUGCCGAGCUUGAGACUGGCCGCAAUGCUAAGCAGGCAUGGGUUCAUGGGCAUCUGCCUCCCGGAAUCGGCGACGCCACCUUACGGGCAUCCGGUCGUCAGCGAGAAGCGUGAGAUAAGGACUACUUAAACCACGCCGCCGCCGCGAUGCCAUCCUGACCUGGUUUCCUUCGGUAGCUUUGCGCUCUCUCACCCUCGUUCAUACCAAGGCAAGACCCAGCACCCGGCAAGAUGCGCAUCUCGGCCACUGUUUCCGCCUUCGCCCUCGCUCUCCACCUUGGAGGCGUUGCGGCCCUCGGCCCUCGCCAAGAAGCCAGCGAUGAGAAGGAGACUCCCACUUUCAUCGCCAAGAGCUUCAUCAUCGAAUACGCUCCUGGUUCCAGCGCUCGCGUUCGUCGUCAAAAUGUCGCCUCCACAGACGGCAUCACCGUCGUUAAGGAGUUCGCCAGCAACGUCUUCUCCGGUGCCAGCAUCGAGACUGACACCUUCACUCUCGACACCCUGCAGGAGCUCCCCGACGUUGUCAACGUCUGGGUCAACGAGCAGAUCAAGCUUGCGCCGACGGAACCCAAGGCCGCUGCGCCUGAGGAUGCUCCCACAUACUCGACACACAAUGCCACUGGUGUAGCCAAGCUUCACGCCCAGGGCAUCUUUGGUAAGGGUGUCAAGGUUGGUGUUGUUGAUACCGGUAUCUGGUACAAGCACCCUGCUCUGGGUGGCGGUUUCGGCCCUGGUUUCAAGGUUGCCGAUGGCUACGACUUUGUCGGUGAUGGUUCAUACCCGGCCAGCGGUCCCAAGGCGCCCGAUGAAGAUCCUCUCGACACCCGCGGCCACGGUACCCACGUUGCCGGUAUCGUCGCUGGCAAGACUGACUCGUGGGUCGGUGUUGCCCCCGAGGCCACUCUUCAUGCCUACAAGGUCUUCUCCAACGCGGCGUCUACUGACACGGCUACUCUCAUUGAGUCGUUCCUUGCCGCUUACGACGACGGUGUCGAUAUCAUCACUGCCAGUAUCGGUGGCUCCAACGGCUGGUCUAACAACGCUUGGGCCGAAGUUGCUUCCCGUUUGGUUGAUGAGGGUAUCGUCGUCACCAUUUCCGCUGGAAACAGUGGUGCCAGCGGCCCUUUCUACGGUAGCUCUGGAUCUUCCGGCAAGAAUGUCAUCGCUGUGGCUUCCGUCGAGACGGAGGUCUUCCCGGCCAUCCCCUUCGAAGCUACCUACGGCGGCAGCGAGACCGUUCGCGUCGGAUACCUUCCUGCGGGAACCUACUUCCCCAACACCAUCGUCGACUGGCCGAUUGUCGCCCUCAACACCGAUACGAGUGCCACCGCUGACGGCUGCACGCCCUAUCCGGCGGGCAGCCCCGAUUUGACGGGCAAGAUUCCCUUGGUUCGUAGAGGAACCUGCACAUUCCAGGUGAAGCAAGAGAACCUUGCUGCCCUGGGCGCGAAGUACAUCCUCAUUUACAACAACGCAUCGCCCAUGACGACUCCCAGCACCAGCAACACCGACAGCCAGAUCGCCAUGAUCACUGCCGACUCCGGUGCUGCCUUCAUCAACGCCAUCAAGGCCAACACCACCGUCACUGCUGACUUCUCGGUCAACCCGGAGAUCCCGAUUGCUCUCGACUACCCGGCUGGAAACCGCCCCAACAUCUUCACCAGCUGGGGUCUGCUGUACGACAACCAGCUGAAGCCUGACAUUGCCGCCCCCGGUGGUAACAUCUUCUCUACCUACCUCGACGGAACCUACUCCAUCCUGUCGGGCACGAGCAUGGCCUGCCCUUACGUGGCUGGUGUCGCCGCGCUCUACAUCUCCGAGAAGGGUGGUCGCAGCGUCCAGGGCAAGGGUUUCGCUCGUGCUCUGUCCCGCCGCAUCAUCUCCAGUGGUUACGCUCUGCCUUGGUCCGAUGGAACUGCUACGGACUAUGGCUACAGCGCGCCCCCGGCUCAGGUCGGUAACGGUCAGAUCGACGCCUGGAAGAUUCUCAACUACGACACUCAGCUCGAGUUCGAAAAGAUCCAGCUCAACGACACCCGCUACUUCAGCCGUUACCACGACGUGACUGUCACCAACAACGGCAAAUCGGACGUCACCUACAAGUUUUCCGUUCAGCCUGGUGCCGGUGUGGAUGCCCUCGCCUGGAUCCCCGCCACCUCCAGCCUUCCCGGAACUAAGCGCGUCAAGACCUUUGCCCAGCUUGCCCCCAAGACGUACACUCCAGACAUCAGCCUUCCUCGUGACUUCACCCUGAAGGCUGGCGAGACUAAGACUGUGUCCGUUAACUUCAACAACCCCGAUAACCUUGGUUGGAACGCGACCGGCCUGCCGCUCUACGGAGGCAAGGUCGUCAUCCAGGGCAGCAACGGCGAGCAAGUCUCAGUUCCCUAUGCCGGUGUCGGUGCCGAUCUCCGCAACACCCUUGGCGGUGUCCACGAGGCUGGCUGGCCCCAAUCUGUCUCAACCGUGAACGAUAUUCCCAUUAGCCAGAAGGCGUCUUACUCCUUUGACCUCAGCAUUGAGGCUCAGGACUUCCCUAGGAUCUUCCAGAAGCUCCUUUGGGGAACCCGCCAGACACGUUGGGACAUCUAUGAGGCUGGCUGGACUGAGCGCCAGUGGGUCUACCCUCCCGUUGAGGGUCAGAACGGUUACAUUGGUUCGGCCGCAUCGUGGGUCGGCUCUGGCGAAAUCCAGACCUUUGACCCUGCGCAGUACGACCCCAACGAUACCUUCACCUACCCCAUCACCGACAUCUACCGCAACGCUGGCGCGACCUACCACGAGCACUGGUGGUUCGGCAAGCUGGGCAACGGCACACAGAUUGCGCCUGGUAACUACACCUUGCGCUUUGCCGCUCUCCGUCCUUUCGGAAACCCCACGCACGCGGACAACUGGGAUGUCUACAAGACCCCUCAGAUCCAGAUCACGGGAAAGUACUAGACGUAACGGUUUAGUCUUACGAGCGCAUAGUAUGAUAUAGUAAUGACUUAAUACAACCAUAAUU